AUGGAAGCAACUAGACACACCUUGGGGCAACUCACGAUGAGCAUUCUUCCUGGGACAAGAGUGCCCUGGAUCUCGUCGGACGUUACCAGGAAUUGUUCCGUCACCGGCGACUACUUUGCCUGGAUUCUGACGCAGGAGAACGAGCCCCCCUUUCCCGGAGUCGCCGACUUUUGGCGCACAGCAGUGGGACAUGGCGACGUUGGGCUUCCGUCCAACGCCGAGAUCAUCGAAUGGCAUGAGUGGGCGCGUUCGAACAGGACAUUGCUGGCUGGCGACGUGAGCCACGACAGGCUCUGCUUGCCAGAGGUGUGUCGAUCCGUCGGCUCAGAGGUUGAUGGGGGUCUCGCAGGGCACGGGCUACUCGCCUCGUACGGCUUUGAAGCCGUCAUGUUGACAGUCUACUGCCUGUUUGCCGUCUGGCGGUCCUUCAGCCGCCGCAAGCCUGCAGACAAGACGUCCGAGAAUCCCGACGCGCCCGCCCCGGAUGACAAGCUCGGCAUCUCCGCGCGCAUCAGCGACGCCUUGCGGUGCACGACUUACGAUUUCUUCACCGCCGCCGCCUUCCUCUCCCUCGGGAUCCAGUCCGCCGUCAUCUACUUCCAGACCACGCCGACCGGUCGCCGGCCCACCUCGUCCCUCCAGCUCAUCGUCUCCGCCGCCGCCUUCUACCCGCUCGCGGCGAUGCUCCCGCUGAUCCUCGCGUACGCCCGCCGCGGCUGGCUGAAGGGCGCCGUCCUUGUCGCCCUCUUCGUCGUCCACACCGCCGCGUGGAUCAUGUGCCUGGACAGCGCGCAGGUCGAGUACUUGGACGACAUCCGCGUCUUCGACCUCUGCCGGCAGAACCACCCUCCGCAGGUCGCGGUCGAGGCAGCCAUGUUCACCAUGGCGGCCAUGGUGUGGAUGCCGCCCCUCUUCGGCCUCUGCCUGAGCGUCGCGCUCUGCUUCUACCGGUGCAACAACCGCAAGAUGUGGCAGGCCAAGUGGCUCAACAAGGUCGCCGGCUGGGCCAUGCUUCUGUAUGCUGCUGCUAACUUCAUCUGCAUGUGGGGUGCCUGGAUCGUUCUCGUUGUCUUCUUCGACAGGACGCCGCGGAGAGCCGAGGAU